AUAGAAGAAUAUAUCAUCACAACUUAAUUAGCUGUCUCAACUGAACAACUCUCUCUCUCUCUCUCCUCUUUCUCUCUCUAUAUAAACUUCUUCUCUUCCCUUUUCUCCACUUUCUUUUAACACUUCUCUCCUCUUUUUUACCCAUCAAAAAAUAAAAUUCAAAUCAGAUUCUCUCUCUCUCUCUCUUUCUAAAUCUUUUCAGAUUCAGUACUCAUAGUCUCAAUCAUCUAUAUAUGGAAGAAACAACUUGUAUAGCUAUGAAGAAAGUAUCAUCAUCAUCAUCAUCAGAUCAUAAUCAUAAUCACCUCAUCGAUCUACCACCUGGUUUUCGGUUUCAUCCAACAGAUGAAGAAAUCAUUACUUACUAUCUCACCGAGAAAGUUUUGAACACUAAUUUCAUCGCUUCUGCAAUCGCAGAUGCCGAUUUAAACAAGUGCGAACCUUGGGAUUUACCCAAGAGAGCAAAAAUGGGUGAGAAGGAAUGGUACUUCUUCUGUCAAAGAGAUCGGAAAUACCCGACCGGAAUGAGAACUAAUCGGGCAACCGAAUCAGGUUACUGGAAAGCUACCGGAAAAGAUAAAGAGAUUUAUAAUAAAGGAAAUAUUAAAAACUCUUUAUUAUCUUCUUCAUCAUCAUCAUCUUCUUCGUCUUCGACAAAUCUUGUUGGUAUGAAGAAAACUCUUGUGUUUUACAAAGGAAGAGCCCCAAAAGGAGAGAAAUCUAAUUGGGUUAUGCAUGAAUACAGACUCGAAGGAAAAUUCUCUUACUAUAAUCUUCCCAAAUCUGCUAAGGAUGAAUGGGUUGUAUGCCGCGUUUUUCACAAGAAUAUUGGAAAUAAUAAUAAUAAUAUACAGAAGAAAAUAAUGAACCCAAAUAAUAAUAUGAUGAUGAUGAUUAAUAAUAAUAAUAGUAAUCAUCAUAUUAAUCAUGGGUUAUUAAGAAUCAAUUCACUUGGAGUUGAUGAUAUGUUAGAUUGUUCAAAUUCAUUACCGCCACUCACCGAUGAUAUUCCUCCUCCGCCGUACACCACAACCACCACCAACAACAACAACUACCAAAACGACACCAAUUUCAACCAAACGACAUCUAACUAUUACUAUACUAGUUUCUACUCUUCUAAUAAUCCAAUAAUCCAAAAUUAUGAUUUUAAUAAUAAUAAUUGUAAGGUGGAGCAAUUCUCUAAUCAUGAUUCAAUGGUUAGCGUGUCUCAAGAUGAUACUGGAUUGAGUACGGACAACAUCAACAAUACCACAGAGAUUUCUUCUGUCGUUUCUGAACAUCAUCAACGACAACAACAACAACAACAACAUACGGUGUCGUUUCAUCAUGAUGGGUUAAUCUCGGGAUUUGAUGGUCAAGAUGUGUUUUGGGAUGACUUAUGAUGAACAAGAUUGUUAAUUAUUACUUUCUUCUUCUUUUAAUUGAUUAACACGUAGAGUUAAUUAUUAAUUAAUUGUGGUCGUAUAAUAUUAUAUAUUUUGAUGUGUAUUUUGCUUAA